CCUGGUCUUUUGGGGAGCACAAGCCAGGGCCGGCGGAAGGUCGAAACUACAUUUCCCAGGGUGCGCCGCGAAGGGACGCCCCGCCCGGCGAGAAAGAGCCGCUCCGCGGAGCGCCGUGCGGAGGCAGGCAACUGCUCAACUUUGGCCAGAAUGGAGCAGCCCAGGGGGGUUGACUGGACGGUCAUCAUCCUGACUUGCCAGUACAAGGACAGCGUCCAGGUCUUCCAGAGAGAGCUGGAGGUGCGGCAGAAGCGGGAGCAGAUCCCUGCCGGCACGCUGUUACUGGCCGUGGAGGACCCCGAGACGCGUGUGGGCAGCGGAGGAGCCACUCUCAACGCCCUGCUGGUGGCCGCCGAGCACCUGAGCGCCCGGGCAGGCUUCACUGUGGUCACAUCUGACGUCUUGCACUCAGCCUGGAUCCUCAUCCUGCACAUGGGCCGGGACUUCCCCUUCGAUGACUGCGGCCGGGCCUUCACCUGCCUGCCAGUGGAGAAGCCCUGGGCCCCGGUGGAGGCCGUGGUCUGUAACCUGGACUGCUUGCUGGACAUCAUGACUCACCGGCUGGGCCCGGGCUCCCCGCCAGGUGUGUGGGUCUGUAGCACCGACAUGCUGCUGUCUGUUCCUCCAAACCCAGGGAUCAGCUGGCAUGGGUUCCGGGGAGCCAGAGUGAUUGCCCUUCCGGGGAGCAUGGCCUAUGCUCGGAAACAUGGCGUCUACCUCAGCGACUCGCAGGGUUUCGUUUUGGACAUUUAUUACCAGGGCACUGAUGCAGAGAUUCAACGGUGUGCCAGGCCUGACGGGAGGGUGCCACUGGUCUCUGGGAUUGCAUUCUUCUCUGUGGAGACAGCCGAGCUCCUCCUGGCCACCCAUGUGAGCCCGCCCCUGGAUGCCUGCACCUACAUGGGCUUGGACUCCGGAGCCCGGCCUGUCCAGCUGUCUCUGUUUUUCGACAUCCUGCUCUGCAUGGCCCGGAACGUGGACAGGGAGGCCUUCCUGGCAGGGCGGCCCCCAGAGAUGGGGCAAAGCGAUGUGGGCAUGGCGGGUUAUCUGCAGGGCACCCGGGCCAAGCUGUGGAGGGAGCUCCAUGACCAGCCCCUCACCAUGGCCUUUGUCUCCGACGGCAGCUACACCUACCUGACUUCCUCAGCCAGUGAGCUCCUGUGCUGCCUCACGCUCCCUGGGGCCCCCACAGCCCAAAUGGUGCACUCCCAGGUGGAGGAGCCGCAGCUCCUGGAGGCCGGGAGCUCCGUGGUCAGCUGCCUGCUGGAGGGCCCUGUCCAGCUGGGUCCUGGGAGUGUCCUGCAGCACUGCCACCUGCGGGGCCCUGUAAAUGUUGGCUCUGGCUGCUUCCUGAGUGGCCUGGACACAGCCCAGUCCGAGGCGCUGCACGGUGUGCAGCUGCAUGAUCUGGUUCUUCAGGAACACCAUGUGCGGCUGCAUGGCUCCCUGGGCCGGGUCUUCACCCUCUUUGGGCGUCUGGACAGCUGGGAAAGACAGGGGACGGGCACAUAUCUCAACAUGUCCUGGAGUGACUUCUUCCAGAAGACAGGCAUUCGAGACUGGGAUCUGUGGGACCCAGAGACGCCCCCUGCAGAGCGUGGCCUUCUCAGCGCCCGCCUCUUUCCCAUGCUCCACCCCUCGAGGGCCCUGGGGCCCCGGGACUUGCUGUGGAUGCUGGACCCCCAGAAGGAUGGGGGCGAGGCCCUGCAGGCCUGGCGAGCCGCUUGGCGUCUUUCCUGGGAGCAGCUGCAGCUGUGCGUGGACCGGGCUGCCACGCUGGCUUCCCGCCGGGACCUGUUCUUCCGCCAGGCCCUGCAUAAGGUGCGUCACGUGCUGGAAGCCCAGCAGGACCUCAGCCUGCGCCCCCUAAUGCAGGCCGCUGUCCACGAGGGCUGUCCUGGGCCUCUGCUUGCUACGCUGGACCAGGUUGCAGCUGGUGCGGGAGACCCUGGUGUGGCAGCACGGGCACUGUCCUGUGUGGCGGAUGUACUUGGCUGCAUGGCAGAGGGCUGUGGGGGCCUACGGAGCGGGCCAGCUGCCAACCCUGAGUGGCUGCGGCCCUUCUCGCUCCUGGAGGGUGGAGACCUGCUGAGAGGCGUGGAGGCCCUUGCCCAGGAGCGGGACAAGUGGCUGAGCAGGCCAGCCUUGCUGGUGCGCGCUGCCCGCCACUACGAGGGAGCUGGGCAGAUCCUGAUCCGCCAGGCUGUGAUGUCAGCACAGCACUUUGUCUCCACUGAGCCUGUAGAGCUGCCAGCACCUGGGCAGUGGGUGGUGGCUGAGUGUCCAGCCCGCGUGGAUUUCUCUGGGGGCUGGAGCGACACGCCACCCCUUGCCUAUGAGCUUGGUGGGGCGGUGCUGGGCCUGGCUGUGCGAGUAGAUGGUCGCCGGCCCAUCGGGGCCAAGGCAUGCCGCAUCCCAGAGCCCGAGCUGUGGCUUGCAGUGGGGUCUCAGCAGGACGAGACGGCCAUGAAGAUAGUGUGCCGGAGCCUGGACGACCUGCAGGAUUACUGUCAGCCCCAUGCCCCAGGUCAGGGCACCUGGAUAUCUGCAGGGGCCCUGCUGAAGGCAGCCUUCAUCUGUGCUGGGAUCGUGCGAGUCCGCUCGGAGCUCUCGCUGAGUGAGCAGCUGCUGCGCGCCUUCGGGGGAGGCUUUGAGCUGCACACCUGGUCUGAGCUGCCCCAUGGCUCUGGCCUCGGGACCAGCAGUAUCUUGGCGGGUGCCACUCUGGCUGCCUUGCAGCGGGCCGCAGGCCGGGUGAUGGGCACGGAGGCCCUGAUCCAUGCAGUGCUGCACCUGGAGCAGGUGCUCACCACAGGAGGUGGCUGGCAGGACCAAGUGGGUGGCCUAAUGCCUGGCAUCAAGGUGGGGCGUUCCCGGGCUCAGCUGCCACUGAAGGUGGAAGUGGAAGAGAUAACUGUGCCUGAGGGCUUUGUCCAGAAGCUCAAUGACCACAUGCUCCUGGUGUACACAGGCAAGACCCGCCUGGCACGGAAUCUGCUUCAGGAUGUGCUGAGGAGCUGGUAUGCCCGGCUGCCUGCCGUGGUGGAGAAUGCCCACAGCCUGGUGCAGCAAACUCAACAGUGUGCUGAAGCUUUCCGCAAAGGAAGCUUGCCUCUGCUGGGCCAGUGCCUGACCUCAUACUGGGAGCAGAAGAAGUGCAUGGCUCCAGGAUGUGAGCCCCUGGCUGUGCGGCGGAUGAUGGAUGUCCUGGCCCCCCAUGUGCAUGGCCAGAGCCUGGCAGGGGCAGGUGGUGGGGGCUUUCUCUAUCUGUUGACUAAGGAGCCACAGCAAAAGAAAGCUCUGGAGGCUGUGCUGGCCAAGACUGAGGGUCUUGGGAACUACAGCGUCCACCUGGUAGAAGUGGACACUCAGGGCCUGAGUCUGCAACUGCUGGGGAGAGAAGCCUCAACCUGAUGCCUGUUCCCACGAGGCUCGUCAUUCUCUGCGAGAAGGGAAACUGGAGCUGCAGUGCUCCCUCCCUUCCUCUCCCCACAGGAGCUCUCAGCCUCCUAACCUCCACCUGUCUCAUGGCAAAUCUGUUCCCAAAGGAAGCAGAUCUCAACUUGGGCCCAGCCCUUUCUGGAGCCUGGUGAAGCACAGAGAGUGCUUAGGAACAGGAUCAUGACUCCUGGGCUGCUGGUGGCCUUGGCUUGGCCUCUAUCCGUUCUGGACACAGGAAGAAGAUCCUAAGUUCAAUGUCUUGUGUGGCCUUUGCAAAUACCAUGGCCCAGCUUGGGCCUUGGCCUUCCUAUUUGCUACCUGGGCACUGAGCAGAUGGCUGGGAAGCCCUUGGUAAGGCCAUCCCUGAAGAGACCCUGUGAGGCAUUUCCUGUGUCGUUCUUAGGGUUCAGGCUCCCAGGCUGACUUGCUAUGGUUUGUAAGCUCUCGGUAUAGCCACAGAAUUCUUUGAAUUUUCUGAGGAGGGAACAUUUUGGGGUUUGGAGAGAGGGAGGAUUGGUGGCCCCUGGUCGAGUCUGGAGAGCUACCUGAGGACCCAGCUCUUCUCAAAGCCUAUAGCAAGUAACAGGCACCUAAUCAUGGAGGCAGCCCAGGAUCUGGCAUCCUUUGCCCUACAGCCUCAAUGAUCCGUCCUCAGCUACUCCCAGUCCCCUCCAGCAUCUAAUUCUAGAUGUUCCUUAUCCCAGCUCUGGGCGUUACCUCCUUCCUUUCCACCCCCACAGGUCCAGGUAGCUACUUUCUCACCCUGUUCCUGGCUGGGGGGUGUGGUGUCACACAGCUGCUGAGGCCCCAGCUUUCACUUCUGAUGGGGGAGUGAGGGUGGGGUCCAUCCCCAUGUCUGUGGCAAUGAGGCAGUACAGUCCUGCAGCAAGUCCCUACCACCCCAGGCCUUAACCAGUGACAGUAUGGACUGUGCCAAGUGACCCAGGGCUGUGGGCAAUGGGUUCUCAGGACUGUGACAUUCUUGGAAUAAAUUCACUCAACCUUUCAAGGUUA